GAAGCGCAGGGUUCUUCCGGCCGGCGGCGGCGAUGGCUCCGGACCCCUGGCUCUCGCUGUACGAUGCCGCUUGUCAGAUCGCCCAGGAGACCGCGGAGAGAAUCCAGGAGCGUAACCGGUACCAGAGGAACGGGGAGAGCUCUGCCAAGCUCAACGUGGUGAUCAGGUCCUUGCUGCAGUCCCUCCGGGAGAAGAUUGAGCAGCUGAAGGAGCUGCUGCUGAGGGCCGUCUCAACCCGCCAGAUCACCCAGCUGGAGGGAGACAGGAGGCAGAAUUUGGUGGACGACCUCCUCACGCGCCAGAAGCAGCUGCAGGCAUCCUACCAGAGUGAAGGCCCAGAGCCAGAUGUGACAAGAUCUAGCCUCAUGAGUGGAGGGGUCAAACGAGGUGUCAGCAACCCAUGGCUCUUGGAAGAGUCGGAGGAAACCCGAGGCCUUGGCUUCGGUGAUCUCAGGCAGCAGCAGCGGAGGAUCAUAGAAGAGCAAGAUGCUGGGCUCGAUGCUCUCUCCUCCAUCAUCUCCCGGCAAAAACAGAUGGGGCAGGAGAUUGGGAACGAGCUGGAUGAACAGAAUGAGAUCAUCGAUGACCUGACCAACCUGGUGGAGAACACCGACGACAAGGUCCGCAGCCAGACGCGGCACGUCAAGCUGGUGGAGAAGAAGUCAACCUCCUGCGGGCUGCUGGUGGUGAUCGUGCUGCUGCUCAUCGCCAUCGCCGUGGUGGCUCUCUGGCCCACGAGCUAACAGGGGCUUGGGGCACUCAGCAGCUGAGUGUGGAGGACUCUGGAGGAGAGCAGCUGUGCAGUAGACCUUCUUGCCUUUUCAAUAACCUCCACAGGACUGGAAUGAAGCUGUGUCCCAGGGCCAUCUGAUCUCCCUGAGGCGCACAGCUGAGGAGCGCUGCGUGGUCUGGAGGCUUUGGACGUGACCAGGACUCUUCUCGCCUUCCUCUGGCCUGGGGAGGCUGCAGCUGGCUCUGAAACCCAUGGACCUCCUGGUGCCUCUGCAUCUGAGCUCCUGCUGGUGUCAAGGAGCUGCCUGCCCAGCUGCUGCUGCUUCUGCUGCCUGCCCUCUCCUCCCGGGGGCUUUGAAGCACCAAGGGAGGACAGCAGCGGCCCCUCUGCUUUCUGACACCUUCCAGCAGGCUGCAACCACUCACUCCUGUCCAGGGAUGGAUGUCUGGGGGGAUGUCUGCAUCUGGAUGCUGGCAGGCUGGGAGGUGAGGGCACAUGGAGCUGUAUGGGGAGGCACAGGGCCCCCAGGAGCUGUGCAGAAGCACUGGUGAG